AUGGAGGUACCCGUGGCCCAGCAAAAGUGCAAGCUACAACUUGAAUCUCUCCACCUCAGACUACCCAAGAUGGCAGACGCCAGGCCUCUCUCCUUACUACGACUGAAUCAACACUCAUGAAACUAGACAGGAUAUUAGAGGAUGUCUGGCGAAAGAUCGAGGAGAGGCAGCGGAGAGCAAACUCGCACCACCCCUCGCACCCGGCAGUCCAGCGGCACGUGCCGACCACACAGAGGCGGAAUGGCUUUGCACCCAGGACACGACCCGAGCGGUCAGCUCCAGGGGGUAAGUCGGCUCACGGAGCCCCCCCACAGACAUCCCCUUCCAAAAGUGGACUUAAACGGCACUGCAGAGAGGCACAUAGCCCAGGCUCCUGUGCCAAACGGAGCUUCCUGAACCCACCAAUAGUCUGCCUUCAUGCCGCACGGACUGUGGGCCGGGGCUGGAGGAGGUCCCAUCAUGUUGUAUACCCCAACUAUGGCCUGGAAGAGGACUGCAUGCCCACCAGAGGCAUUGGCUGA